CCUUUCAAGCACAGGUAGAAAGGCGAGGCUUGGUUCGUGCUUUGCGCGCCUUCCUUGGUCUGCUUGAUCGCCUCGGUCCAGACCAAAACAUUCAUGUUGAUCGGGUACGGUCCUACCUACCUACAAAGAGCCGCUGGGAGUGUUAAGUUAUACCUGUAUUUUUGGAAAAGAUCGUCGUAGCUGUCUUGGAAGAAUAUCAACAAAGAGGUGAUUUCCAAUUCAGCAUGUGGUAAAAACCGAAGUUAUACCCUAGAAACAAUCGAGAUCAUGUAUGCCGAUGAUGAUAAUGAUUCUUAUCAUGAGGCCACCGAGGGAAGGGAUGGAAUUCGAGAUGACAAUAGAACGGCCACAGGAACGGUGAAAUCCUAUAGAAAAACACCCUUCGCGUCCAAAUACACAUCCAGAGCCACUUUAAAUCGAGGUGAGAAUGCCUUUUCCCCCGUGGUCCCCAUUGAUCCCAGACAAGCAAUCGAAGAUGAGCAUCGACUAUUGCUCCACGAGCUCUUUGCCAGACUUAUCACCGAUCCUCAAAUGGGCCUUAGCCAUGUUCAGGCCACAGCCAAUCUGGAGCUUCAUGGUCCAAAUGAUAUUGGCACCAUACUGGAAGUACCAGCUUGGGUCCGCUUCUCCAAAUCGCUCUUUGGCGGAUCAUCGAUCAUCCUUUGGAUGGGAGUGGUCCUGAGCUUCGCUAAUUAUUCUAUCGAGGUCGGCAAACAAGAAUAUCCACCAGUUGAAAACGUAGUUCUGGGUGUGGCAUUACUGAUAGUUAUUUCAAUCACUGGAAUACUCUCAUUUAUCCAAGAAACCAAGAGCGCGUCUUUAAUUCGUCAUCGGGAGGCUGUAAUGCCCGAGACUUCCAAGGUCAUCAGAGAGGGCGAAGAGCAAGAGGUGGCCUCAGAUGAGCUCGUAAUAGGUGAUAUCAUUCUGUUGGGCAUUGGCGAACGGAUUCCAGCGGACUGUCGGGUGCUGGAAUCGAAUAGCUUCAUGGUUGACAAUGCAUCGCUCACCGGAGAGUCUGAGCCUCUUGAGCGGGAUAUUCAUUGUACAAACGAUGAUCUCUUACUAACGAAAAACAUGAUUUUUCGAAAUACUUACGCCGUUCAAGGAAAUUGUAAAGCUGUGGUGAUCCGAACCGGACUGAACACCAUUGUGGGUAGGAUGACUGAAAUGACGGCCGCCAAUCCAAAAGAGGCUACGUUAAUCUCCCGUGAAUUGGCAUCUUUCAUCCACCUCGCAACUGGGGUUGGGAUCUACAUGGGAGUGUUUUUCUUCAUCAUUUCCUUUCUCUUGGGCUACUUCUGGAUUGACUCCAUCCUAUUCCUGAUCGGAAUCAUUGUUGCCAAUGUUCCCGAAGGUUUGUUGGCAGUUGUCACCAUCAGUUUGAGUGUCACCGCCAAGAGGUUAAUGCGGAGAAAUUGCAUCGUCAAGAAUCUGGAAACCAUUGAAACUUUGGGAGCGACCUCCAUUAUUCUCUGCGACAAAACUGGCACAUUGACCCGAAACAUGGCCACGGUUGCUCACGUUUGGUUCGACAACGAAAUCGGUGAAGUUGAUACGGGGACAGACGAUCGUCCUGCCGUGUCCUUUGACCUCCAAUCAUCAGCAUGGAAAAAUAUGGCACGUAUCGCUGUACUUUGCAACCGAGCAGAGUUUGUCGGCGCUGGAGGAGACGAUCGUGAGGUGUUGGGAACUGCCAUUGAUUCGGCAUUGCUCAGGAACAUUGAGGCUGUGGAGGGGCAAAGUGGUACCUUCAGAAGUUUACAUCCCAAAGUGUGCGAGAUUCCCUUCAAUCCCAUCAUCAAAUUCCAAUUGAGCAUUCAUGAAUGCCAUGAUUAUCAACAAAAGGGUUACCUUGUCACUUUAGUCGGUGAUCCGGAGGCCAUUUUAAACCGGUGCUCCUCUGCGUAUGUCAACGGUCAAGAACGGUCAAUCGGGGAUGAUUAUAUCGCGGCAUUCCGAUAUGCCUGCACGGAAUUGGGAGGUCUGGGGGAGAGAUUAGUGGCCUUGGCUGACAGCAGACUUUCCCCUCAAAAGUAUCCCCCUGGGUUUGCCUUUGAUUCAAAUAACAUCAACUUCCCACUAACUGGAUUCCGUUUGAUUGGUAUCAUGUCGUUGAUCGAUCCACCUCGAGCGAGUGUACCAGAUUCUAUAGCCAAAUGCCAGGCUGCUGGUAUCAAAGUUAUCAUGAUGACCGGGGACCACCCUAGUACCGCUAAAGCUAUCGCCAAAUCAGUGGGAAUUUUGUCCUUGGAUCAAGACCCGUUGGAGAAAAAUACCCUCAUGAACAACUCAGAGUCUUGUUUAAUCACAGGCGAAGAGAUGCAAGAAAUGAGUCCAGAGGAACUGGAAAACGCACUCAUGCAUCAUCAUGAAAUAAUUUUAGCGGGUUUGUCUUCUGAACAAAAGCUGGACGUGGUAGAAGCAUGUCAACGUCUGGGUGCCAUCGUUGCAGUCACUGGAGAUGGAGUAAAUGAUGCGGCAGCUCUAAGAAAAGCGGACGUGGGCAUUGCCAUGGGCCCAGGUGGAACUGAUAUUGCUAAAGAUGCUGCUGAUGUUAUUCUAAUGGAUAAUAACUUCUCUUCGAUCGUCAUUGCCAUUGAGGAAGGGCGAAUAAUGUUUGACAACUUGAGGAAAAUGUUCUUUUACACUCUUGCUUCUAACAUGGGUGAAUUGGUGCCAUUCGUCAUGUUCCUGUUCGCUCAAAUUCCUUUACCCUUAGGUGUUUUAGCUGUCCUCUGUAUUGAUCUUGGAACGGAUCUUCUUCCGGGGAUCAGUUUGGCGUUUGAAGAGGAGGAGACUAUGUACGAGGCCAUGAAAAGAGGCCCGAGAAAUCCCAUUUCAGAUGGAAUUGUUACCGAAACGAUGAUCUUCACCUCGUAUGGACAUGUGGGUUUGAUCCAAGGAGCUGCAGGAUUGUUCACAUAUUGCGUGAUCAUGGCUGAAAAUGGAUUUUGGCCCAGCAACUUGGUUGGCAUAAGAACAGAAUGGGAUUCAAGAGCUAUCAACGACUUAAAGGACACUUACGGCCAGGAAUGGACCUACGAGGAUCGCAAGAAUUUGGAAUAUUCUUGCCACGCCGGCGUUUUCUUCUCGAUUGUGGCAAUGCAAUGGAUCACCUUAAUCAUCAGUCGUACUCGCAAGCUAUCUAUCUUCCAGCGUGGAAUGGGCAAUUGGGUGGCCAAUUUUUCUAUUUUUUUCGAGACCUGUUUAGCGUUUCUCUUGAUCUACAUGCCAGGGUUGAAUCAGGGUCUUCAACUCCAAUAUUUGUUUCCUCUAUCGUGGUUUCCACCUCUACCAUUCCUCAUCAUAUUAUUUGUGUACGAAGAAAUGAAGAAGGCUUACGUCCGAAAACACGCAAACACAUGGAUUGAGCAUGAGACUUGUAUAUGAGUUCAUGAAGAUAAGAAGAUCUGUAUGUAAAUAUAAUAUGUUUUCCUUGUAUUUUUACAAAUAACAUUUUUCGAUACAACGACAUUGGAAAAAUGCUUAAUAAACGUUCGCCAAGACAAA